UAAUUAUAGUGAAACAACGCACUCCUGAGAGAAUGACCCACUGUUACAGAAACAACUGCUUUACCAUCAUACCAAUAUGAAUCUUAUCUGACCUUGUAGUUGAACAGUCAUGGCGAGCUUGAUUCGUUUAAGCACUUUCUGCCAAAGAGGAAUAAGACCUGUGCUUCUCUGCAACACACACUUGGCUCGUGGGUUGGCUGCCUAUCAGAAGAAUCGAGAUGUAGAGCCUUUCCGAUUGGCAGCAGGGAGGAUCCACACAACUUCAGCACACUCAGUAGUCUCAAGUUCAAGGGCAGCGUCCAAGCACUGGACGGGUGAACGGGUAUUGAGUAUAGUUCUGUUAGGUAUGGCUCCAGCCGCAUACCUGUGUCCCGGUCCGCUACUGGAUUACUCUAUUGCUGCGGCUCUCACACUGCAUGGACACUGGGGGAUUGGUCAAGUCCUAACAGACUAUGUCCACGGUGAUGCUAAGGUCAAGCUGGCUAAAGCUGGCGUCUUGCUGCUCUCCACAGCCACAUUCUUUGGUCUCUGCUAUUUCAAUUACCAUGAUGUUGGUCUCUGCAAGGCAGUCGCCAUGCUCUGGCAGAUAUGAUUAUUUGGCCAGAAUUAAACUGACUGGUUUGAAGGAUUAAUCACCAUUUUAGGUACUUAAGGUCUUUUGAAAACGUACCUAUCUUCAGCUUAACAGAUGACAACGUACCAUCUCCUAACAUAUGUUACAUGUUUGAAUAAUAUUUGUCAUAGUGAUAUUUCACAAAAACUUUUUAAAUGAAGAGCAAUGUGAAAUUAAAAGGAUAUUUCACAUUGCUCUGCUGAUGACCUGUAGGCUAUUUACUGAGCAUUCCAGAUGACAACUACGGUUGUUAAUAAUUAGCUUUUUCCUUAUUAGUACUGUAUAUGAGAACAAAGGAGGUCUCUAAGUGUAAGACUAUGUUCAGUAACUAUGUUAGUAUUAAUUAUUUCAGCAGUUACUGUCAAUGUCCAGCAGAGGUCAGUGCUUUUCAGUUUUAUUGGGAAUGCUUGAUCAUAUUCACACUGUCUGUGCAGGUCACAUUUGUGUUUACAAUAUGCUUUAAAACCAACAAAUUUACUUGAAUACUCUUGUGUAUUUGUUUUAUUUGAAGCAUGAUAAUUUCAUCUUAAUAAUAUUAAGAUGCUACAGUGAAUAAACUGCUGAGAUUUUUUCUUGUUAUAGUUUACCAACCACAAAUGAAAAUAAAUCAUGUAGUAAUUUGUUAGGAUUCUAAACCAUUAUACUUAUACUUACCAUACUUAUACCAUUAUAAAUUAUACUCUAUAUUAGUAGUUGGAAUCAGCAAAGAUUUGCCAGUGCAAUCAUAUGAUAUAAUAUAAAUUCAAAUAGGCUAGAUAUUAUUGGAGUUUGAUAUUUGUUCAGCAUUUUUUACUUGGCACCAGCAACUGAGGCUUUAAUAUGGAACCACUGAUAGAUUGCAUGUUUCACAACAAGUUUGUCUUGUGAGUUUGAUUUGAAUGUGGAUGGGCACCUCUCUGAAACACCAGUGGGACCUUGAUCUCUUCACAGAAUUCAAAUAAAGGCUAAAUAAGGAUUCCA